CGCCCACGCCAUCGCGUCCGAGCACGGCGAGCCCUCAUAUCCCUCCACCUUCUAGGUCACUAUGGGCAUGCUCCGCACGCGCUACGCCGCCUUCGCCACAAAGAAGGAUCGCGCCGCGGCGGCUGGUAGCCAUCAGCUUGAGAUGGAGGCAAAGUCCCUUCGGGGCAUCACCGCCGAUUGUGGCGGCGGGGGAUACCCCAAGCAGGAGGGGGCGGCUAGCGAGGGAGAUGGCGGAGGGGAGAAGGGGCUGAGGUUGCUGAUCUCGACGCGAUGGAUGUGGUGUUUGGAGAGCUGAUGAUCGAUGGAGGCCGAGAUGAAGCAGAUUACAUUAGCGGAGAUGGCAUCGUCGGCGGUGGCUUUGCUACUCUCCAUCGCAUCUCUCUGUGCGGUGGUUGUGUGGCUCGAUUUGCCGCUGACUGGGACCAAGUGCGUGUCAUAGAAGAUCUAGGCGAAUGUGGUGAUGCUCACCGACCAUCCCUGAUGCAGAAUAUCACUGCUCUUCCGACCCUGCCAUCGCUGUCAAGGCGAAAUAAAUGGGAAAGCGGCAUAAACCAAGGGGAGAAGGGACAUACUUACUGUAUUGACACUUCUAAAUAUCAAGAGCUUCACUCCUACAGUCCUAUGGCAACACAUUGUAGCAGUGGCAACCACCACACUGUUCAGGCUUACUCUUGGUUGGUUUGUCGGUAGGGGAUUAUUGGUCAGGAGUGAGGUAUCCAUUGUUCAGGAGGUAACAAUUGAGAAUUCAUGGAUUAUGUAAUUUCGAAUCAUGAUUUUUUUUCGAGCAAAAUGUCAAUUAUUAACCUGAUUUACUUACUGAACAAGCUCAAUGGCAGACAUCUUGGUGAAAAAAUAUCAAGGUUUCAGAUUUGGAGGUUCUCAUUUUGACGAGCUUCAUUAGCUAUAAAUUUUUCCCGAGAAGCUGGCCUAUGAUAAUUACUAAGCAAUAUAAAUAAAAUUCAAGAGGGACAACAACACCGAGUGUUGGAGGGCGCAAUUAGAAGGUGGAGGUCAUAUGCAUGCAUUUUGAUACUACACUUCUGCAUUGUGCAUUGUCCACCUAUUGCUAUUUAUUUUAGUUUGGUGGAAGUUGCUAAAAAUAUUGAUGUUAUCCCUGAAUGAAUUUGCAGAAGUUUUCAGCUGGCGUUAUAAUAUGAAUAUAUGAUUGAGCAUUGAUAGGAGAUCUAAUAUCCACUUGAAAUGUAAAUAAUAUGAACUCAUUCUAGGAGCUAUCGUAUACACCUUAUAGGAAGAGGAUGCAACGCUUUCGAUUCAGAAAAAAGACACCAAGCCGCUUCCAUGUUGAAACUUUUACAGCAUGUGAUGAAACUGCAGCUAGCUGCAAAAUAAUCACCAGGGUUUUUAGGGUAGAAAUCCUCUGUAGGAGAUAACUGAAACUGAACUUUGAAGGAUA